GUUUAACUUCAAUAUUCUCAUUUACUAUUGUUUUAUGAAUCUGCUCUUUCCUGAUAUGUUACUGCCUGUUUCUGCAGACUUUCAAUGGUAAAAUAUGGGAGAAAUUCAGCAGUGGGAAAGUUGCUUCAUUGGCAUACGCAGAGAUCCAAGGAAAGUCUGCUCUUGCUUCAUACAUGCAGAAUCCAAGUCCUACGAAGGACGAAAAGCAUUUGUUUCCAGAAGUCUCCCACCACCAUGAUGAUUGAUGAUGGUCAAGACUCCGAUGAUCAGGAGCAACUCUUUUCAAGCAUUUGGAACAUAACCGCGCCUAAUUCAGAUUGGUCUUACACAAUGGAUCUUAUGGAGAAUCCGAGGGAGAACGAUAACUCCAAGAACAUAGCAGAAGAGUCCUCUUAAACCCCCAACUAAAAACCAGUAGCUGGGAACUCUAACCCACCAUCAAAGGUAAGUGUACAGAUCAGGCGCUGAUAUGGAAGAAGCAUAUGUACAGUAUCGUCCAAGGCUUGUUUUUCCUCGGAACAGAGUAACCGUUUUUUAGGGAUUACUUCACACGGAAAAGAAAAACAAUCUAAAAACAUCCCUUUUAGUAGUACAUUACGUUAAAUACUUUAAUCAAAACUUCUCCUUAUCUGUAAUGUGUAUAUCCUCAUGUCCAUGUGAAAGACAUGAUCAGUGUUUAAUUAGUUGUUUCAUUACAACAGACUUGUUAUAAGUCUCUGUCUCAAUUAGUUACCACUAGGUCCAUUACUAUUACAAAACCGUUACACGUCUAUCUCUGUGUAAUACACAUCUCUCCAUGGCUUCAAUGGCGGAUCAGUCUCUUUUUCAACUUUUCCUAGCCAAUCCCAACACAAAUGGCUCAGCAUCGCGAUCCGAUUCUUGUAUUCUUUUACGGCUAAUCUCCGUAAUUAUCGUCGGAGCUAUCUCCUUGUGGGCAAACCACGAGGCAUCAAAAGGUUUUUCCAUAACUAUCAUCAAUGAAGCUAAGGAUUCUCCUUCCGGUAAAAGAUUCGCCCUUUUCUUUGAAUCGGAUGAUACCGCGGUGCGGGUCUUGCUCGAUACGAGCUUCUUUGUGGAGAGAUUUCUCUACGAGAGUGUUCCUCAUCGUCUCCGGAAGCCUGUAAACCAUGUGACCGUCAGAUUCUAUGGAAACAGCCGUGACGGAGUCGAGAAGAUCUCGAUAACUUCCGGUGCAAGUCAUGGAGGAUUUGGCUGUGGGGAGACAAGUCAGGAGCCUUGCCGGAGCUUGUCGCCGGCAUGGUGGAGUAUUUGACCGUGGAGCGAAGAGAACGACGUCGUCUUGAUGAGUUGGGUGAGUAUUGGAAGGAUAAGGAGUCUGUGUCUGUGGUUAGGUUCUUGUGUUACUGUGAAAGACGUAGCGAGGGGUUCAUCAGACGGUUGAACCAUGGGAUGAGAUUUGGGUGGGAUGAUCGGACGGUGUAUCUAGCUUCGAAUGGUGCGUGUGAUUCACGCAAGGUUGUGUUGCGUAAGCGAAUCAUCGACGACAAUGGAUUUGAUAAUUGAGAGACGAACAUGAUUGGUUAUAGUGCUGUCGUAUUGUAGCACACAUGGCUCCACGUCAUUAUUCAUGUACUAUAUUAUUCAACACCUUUUUUGUGGAAAUGAUUUUUUUUGUUCUCUCAGAUAUUGUAAUAUAAUGGAUUUUAUAUGUUUGUUAGAUUUGUUAAUUAUUGGAGUCUAAUUUUGGUGGC